UCAGGAAAUGUCCAACAUAAAUAGCAGUGCAAUCACAGAAUUUAUUUUACUGGGGCUUACAGAUCGGCCAGAACUCCAGCCUCUGCUCUUCGUGUUGUUUCUAGUUGUUUACCUCAUCACCGUCUUAGGCAACCUGGGCAUGAUAAUGCUAAUCAGACUGGACUCUCGCCUUCACAUGCCCAUGUACUUCUUCCUCACUAACUUAGCCUUUGUGGAUUUGUGCUAUACAUCAAAUGCAACCCCGCAGAUGUUAACUAAUAUCAUAUCUAAGAAGACCAUUUCCUUUGCUGGCUGCUUUACACAGUGCUAUAUUUUCAUUGCCCUUCUCCUCACUGAGCUUUUCAUGUUGGCAGCAAUGGCCUAUGACCGCUACGUGGCCAUAUGUGACCCUCUGCGCUACAGUGUGAAAAUGUCCAGGCGAGUCUGCAUCUGCUUGGCCACAUUUCCCUAUGUCUAUGGCUUCUCAGAUGGACUGUUCCAGGCUAUCCUGACCUUCCGCCUGAGCUUCUGUAAUUCCAAUGUCAUCAACCACUUCUACUGUGCUGACCCACCACUCAUUAAGCUUUCUUGCUCUGAUCCUUAUGUCAAAAAGCACGCGAUGCUGAUCUCGGCUGGCUUCAACCUCUCCAGCUCCCUCACCGUCAUCCUGGUGUCCUAUGCCUUCAUUAUUGCCACCAUCCUCCGGAUCAAAUCAGCAGAAGGAAGGCACAAGGCAUUCUCCACCUGUGGUUCCCAUAUGAUGGCUGUCACCCUGUUUUAUGGGACCCUCUUCUGCAUGUAUGUAAGACCAUCAACAGAUAAGACUGUUGAGGAAUCUAAAAUAAUAGCUGUGUUCUACACAUUUGUCAGUCCGGUACUUAAUCCAUUGAUCUACAGUAUGCGGAAUAAAGAUGUGAAGCAGGCCUUGAAGAAUGUCCUGAGACGAAAUAUGAUCAUGACCACGGCAAUAUCUUCACUUUCUAAUAAACCAUAAGUCGAUAACUUUGGCUCAAAUGUACUUGCAUUUUGAUGAUGAGUUUUAGUAUUCUCUGUAAGUAUGUCUUGAGUAUCUUAGCUAAAAAUCUCACGUUGGAGAAAAAUGAGCUGCAUUUAUUUUUCUAGGCCAUGUCCCAUAAGUUGC